GCUCCGAUGGUGUGCUCAGAUGUUUGUGUAACGUCUGCUAGGAUGGAAGGUUUAAAGUUAAAUUGGCUGUUAUUUAUAAAUUUAUCAACAUGUAUUGUAUUGUCGAUAGCUGGGAGAGAUUUUUACAACAUCUUAGGUUUAUCACGUAGUGCCAGCACACACGCGAUAAAAAAGGCUUAUAGGCAAUUAGCGAAAGAAUUGCAUCCCGAUAAAAAUAAGGAUGAUCCAGAUGCCUCUCGAAAAUUUCAAGACUUGGGAGCAGCCUACGAAGUACUGUCAGAUUCUGAAAAGAGAGAAAUGUAUGAUCGGUGUGGAGAGGAAUGUUUGAAAAGGGAUGGCAUGAUGAACAAUAAUGUCGAUCCAUUCGCAAGUUUCUUUGGUGACUUUAGUUUCCACUUUGGUGGAGAAUCUCACCAUCAACAUGAAACUCCUAGAGGUGCGAAUACUGUAAUGGACUUACCUGUCACCUUAGAAGAAUUGUACAGUGGAAAUUUUAUUGAGAUUACCAGAAAUAAGCUAGUUGUGAAAGCAGCGAAAGGGACAAGAAAAUGCAAUUGUAGGCAAGAAUUAGUCACUCGCAAUUUAGGAAAUGGAAGAUUCCAGAUGAUGCAGCAGUCGGUGUGCUCGGAAUGUCCAAAUGUCAAAUUAGUGAAUGAGGAUCGCGUGCUGGAGGUAGAAAUUGAACCAGGCAUGGUAGAUGGCCAAGAAACCAAAUUUACAGCGGAAGGAGAGCCUCACAUCGACGGAGAGCCGGGCGAUUUGAUAUUAAAGAUACGUACUCUACCUCAUGCUGUUUUUGAAAGAAGAGGCGACGAUUUAUACACAAAUAUUACUAUUUCCUUGCAAGACGCGCUGCUAGGUUUUUCUGUGGACAUCAAACAUCUGGACGGCCAUGUAGUAACUAUUCAAAGAGACAAGAUCACUAAACAUGGCGCUCGUAUACGGAAAAAGGGCGAAGGGAUGCCUAAUUAUGAUAAUAACAAUCUCCACGGUACUUUGUUCGUUUCUUUCGAUGUUGCAUUCCCCGAUAACGAAUUUACGGACGAAGAAAAGGAAGACAUAAAGAAAUUGCUGCAUCAAAGUCCAGUAAAUCGAGUAUACAACGGCAUAGGAGGCAAAUGAAUGUCUGUUUGUGAAUAUUUAUAAGUUCAGUAUAUAUGUACAAAGUGAGACGAUGUAAAGCGAAUGAUGCUUCGAUUGGGAUGAGUAUGUCUUGACAUUGUAUGUUUGUAUUAUGCGUGAGAUACUCUUGCUUCCUCACUCGAAAAUACCAUUGGUUUGGUAAACGAAACGAUUAAUUGAAUUGAUAGCCGAGUAUAGUAUGUGUGAUCCCACAUAAAUUUUAUCACGCGUAUACAUACAUGUUCCAGCUACGAAAGACUGGUUGAAUCUGGUUCAUGUUGCCAAUCGCGUGAAUCAUCAUUGACAAUGAUUAAGGAGUUUAUUUAAAUUCCUAAUUUAUUUCAUUUCGUUCGGAUAUCAUGAGUACCGGUGUAUGGAAGAAAGAGAUUCAGUAUGAAUGCGGAUACAUUUUUGCAUUUAAUAUUGUGCAACAAGAGAGUGAUGUGUGCAAUACUUACGAUCAUACAUUUUACAUCUUGAGAUCCUACGAUCUUCUGUCCUUAUACUAUUAUAGUAACGCAAUUAUGAUCGUAUAUUGACUCAUGAUCACAUAAAGAAGCUCUCUUGUGGCUGAAGCCACCAAGUGGUCCUGAACGUCUAAGCAUCAAUAAGUGCAUAAUAUAUAGUGCAUAAUAUAAGUGCAUAAUAUCGUAAUAAAAUUCAUAAUUAUGCGAUAUAUUUGUAGCCAAUUUUUUAAUUCAAAUAU